AUGAGCCCGAUGGAGGAACACUCGAACCAAUACGCCGAAGCUGCAGUUCCCCAAACCAUGCAAGAAACUGGUGCAGAAGAAAGAGAUCCGGAGAGCAUUGCUCUCCACCAACCACUCCUCCUCAAGAGAAACCGGACAGUUUCUUCCACUCCACUGGCUAUGGUUGGAGCCAAAGUCUCCCAUAUCGAGAGCUUGGACUACGAGAUCAAUGAGAACGAUCUGUUUAAGCAUGAUUGGAGAAGCAGAUCCAAAUUCCAAGUCUUGCAGUAUGUAUUUUUGAAAUGGAUCCUUGCCUUCCUUGUUGGACUCCUAACUGGUAUAAUCGCCACCCUCAUUAACCUCGCUGUUGAGAAUAUUGCCGGCUACAAGCUUCUUGCCGCGGUUAGUUUCAUUGAGAAGGGAAGGUACCUGAUGGGGUUCAUCUUUAUAGCCGGGGCCAAUCUUCUACUGACCGCUAGUGCUUCUGUUCUGUGUGUAUGUUUUGCUCCGACUGCAGCUGGACCCGGUAUACCUGAAAUCAAAGCAUAUCUCAACGGAGUUGACACACCGAAUAUGUUUGGUGCGACAACAAUGAUUGUCAAGAUAUUCGGAAGCAUUGGGGCUGUCUCUGCAGGCCUAGAUCUUGGAAAAGAAGGGCCUCUUGUGCACAUUGGAAGCUGCAUUGCUUCCUUAUUAGGUCAAGGGGGACCUGACAAUUACCGUAUUAAAUGGGGUUGGCUCCGCUACUUCAACAAUGACCGUGACCGGCGAGAUAUCAUUACCUGUGGUGCUGCCUCUGGGGUAUGUGCAGCUUUCCGAGCUCCUGUGGGUGGUGUACUGUUUGCCCUUGAAGAGGUGGCAACUUGGUGGAGGAGUGCCCUUCUCUGGAGAACCUUCUUCAGCACAGCCAUUGUGGUUGUGGUGCUUAGAGCUUUUAUCCAAAUAUGCAAUUCUGGGGAAUGUGGGCUUUUCGGGCAAGGAGGGCUUAUCAUGUUCGACGUAAGCACUGUUACUGUAACAUACCAUGCGUGGGAUAUCAUCCCCGUAGCUGUAAUUGGCAUUAUUGGUGGAGUUUCGGGAAGCAUGUACAACUAUCUUCUCGACAAGAUCCUCAGACUAUACAGUCUCAUAAAUCAGAAGGGAAAAGUUCACAAGCUGCUCCUCAGUCUCACUGUUUCACUCUUUACUUCUGCAUGCCUAUAUGGUCUCCCUUUCCUUGUCAAAUGCACACCCUGUAACUCCUCUCUCUCGGAGUCCGUCUGUCCCACCAAUGAAGGAUCUGGAAACUACAAAAAGUUCAACUGCCCAGAUGGCCACUACAAUGACCUAGCUACUCUUCUCCUUGCCACCAAUGAUGAUGCAGUUCGAAACAUCUUUUCGACAAACACUUCCGCUGAGUAUCGUCCCUUAUCCCUCCUAAUCUUCUUCGUACUAUAUUGCAUCUUAGGAUUGUUUACCCUUGGAAUUGCUGUGCCAUCUGGACUUUUCCUUCCCAUCAUCCUUAUGGGCUCAGCUUAUGGCCGUCUGCUUGGAAUUGCCAUGCAAUCAUAUACGAGCAUUGACCAGGGGCUUUUCGCUGUUCUUGGCGCAGCUUCCCUAAUGGCAGGGUCAAUGAGGAUGACCGUUUCACUAUGUGUCAUAUUUCUUGAGCUCACCAACAACCUCCUCUUACUGCCCAUAACAAUGAUUGUCCUCCUGAUUUCCAAAACAGUUGGAGACAGUUUCAACCAGAGCAUCUAUGAGAUUAUACUGCACUUAAAAGGUUUGCCUUUCUUGGAGGCAAGUCCAGAACCAUGGAUGAGAAAUCUGACAGUAGGUGAGCUCGCUGAUGCCAAGCCGCCAGUAGUCACCCUCUGUGGAAUUGAAAAGGUGGAUCGUAUUGUGGAGGUCCUGCGAAACACCACACACAAUGGUUUCCCUGUUGUAGAAGAAGUGGUGCCGCCAAUGGGAUUGGCUGUUGGGGCAACAGAAGUACAUGGACUAAUUCUUCGAGCUCACCUUGUUCAGGUGCUGAAAAAGAAAUGGUUCCUAAGAGAGAAAAGAAGAACAGAGGAGUGGGAAGUAAGAGAGAAAUUUACCUCGGUUGAGUUGGCCGAGAGAGAAGAGAAGAUCGAGGAGGUGGCUGUGACAAGGGACGAAAUGGAGAUGUAUGUAGAUCUGCAUCCACUCACCAAUAGAACACCUUACACAGUUAUGGAAGGCAUGUCUGUGGCAAAAGCUAUGGUUCUUUUCAGGCAAGUGGGACUUCGCCAUUUGCUCAUUGUGCCAAACUAUGAAGCAUCAGGGGUGCCUCCAGUGGUUGGGAUCUUAACCAGGCAGGAUUUAAUAGCCUACAAUAUUUUGAAUGCCUUUCCACAUCUCACAAAAUCUGCAGGCAGCGAGAAGGGGAACUGAAAACGUCUUCUCCUCAGCCAACGGAACUAGCAGCUUUCCUGGUGGAAGACAAUGCAUUCUUCAUUUUAAAAUUUUUCUACCAAUUAUUUAUUCUUUUCAUCCAAUUCAAAAGGAGUCAGGUAGAUAUACAACAAAUUGCAAUUUCAUUCAUCUCUAACUAUUCAUUUUACACAAGUUUCAGCCGAUGGUGAACAAAAUCCCUUUCUACAAAAGGGAAAGAAACACAGAAGAUUUGGUUUUGUUACAUUCUCUCUACUAGAUACUCCCACUAGUCUUCUUGUAAUAACCCCAGAAUAAAGUUCAAGCGGCCAUCAAAGUUCAAGCAA